AUGAAGAGGAGGUCUCAGCUACCGCAAUCGUAUCCCUUCUCACUCGCAACCACGCCCAUCGGCCCUCUCUUCUCGCACAAGAUUCGAGCAGCCGCAGAGAUAUCAUCCUCCUCCCCUAGACUUCGGCCGUCGCGAGUCGAAUCCCAGCAAUCGCGCGCAAUCACCGCCGCGAGCCAUAGCACUGCCGUGAUCUCCGGCCAGCCGCCACCGCAAGAACCGUCGCCGAGAAAUUCUUUCUCGAGCACCCCAGCACCUCCGUCAGCCCCGUUGCGAGCUUCUCUUCUCGCUGGCGUCUCACAACAACCUUCACACCGACGUGACGAGACGAGACCACCAGCGACCGCCCUUGUUUCAAAUAGAACCCCGCCUCCGAGGGCCGACCGAGCCCCGUCGAAGAAAGUCGCGACCCGUCCGCAACCUCCGUUAGCGAGAUCGCACGGGAAACCGCUGCAGCAUCCUCCGGCCACCACUACAGCGCCUCGCCGGUGCAAGAGGACGAUUCCCAAUGCCAAGACUUCCGCCGAGGAGUUGAGGCAGGCGACGCCGAUUAUGAACAGCACAAUGGCCUACUACUUCACCGAGGCCGGGUUUCUAAAUAUCUAA